AACCGCGUCCUUGCCAACAUGGCGCGUCUGUUCUGUACACAUGUCUCUCUUCGGCGGAGGACCGCCGGUCUGUCAGUGACACCCGUCAUGCUCUCCUCCUGGUGCACGCUGGGCGCGUUCUCGCUGCUCGGCCUCCAGCUCUUCCUCCUUUACGGCGCCACCGUGGUCUCGGCCAGCAGAAAGUCCCCCGUUCAGCACAUGCUGCGCCUAAGCGGCCUGGGCAGCCGCCUCGUCGUCGAGAUCCCCGAGAUCCACUCGUGCGAGGUGGCCAACAACGCGAUCACCUUCGCGAACGUGCACAUGGGCAUGCUCAACAAGGUGGACUUCGUCGUCGACGCCGACCUCAACGUGUCGCGGGCGGCGAGCUCCCUGCGCGAGGUGGUCGUCGAGCUCCACAAGUGCCGCGACGCAGUCUCCGCCAACACCUGCGAGUACUUCCAGACGUGGCGCUUCAAGGACCGCCUCUGCGCCGAGUGGAACGACCCGACCAAGCCGUGGAACUCGGUGCUGGGCUCCAUCGAGCCCCGACUGGACUGCCCCAUCAAGCAGGGAGAGUACCACAUACGCAACGGCAGCCUGGACCUCAGGGCGCUGCAGGGGCUCCCCAUUCCUCUGGAGGGCAGCGUCUGGAAGGUGCGGGCCUCCACGAUGGAGGAAAACCACGAGGUGCACACGUGCACCGUGAUCCACAUGGAGCCGCACCGCGUCCGCGACUAGAAGCACGGGGGGAGGCCUCGUCGUCGGCGUCCAGCUCAGCGGCAUGGAGCCAUGCCGCGCCCCCAGUACGUGCCGCCCCGCUCGUCUCUUCGCGUCGCGCGCGCGUCACUGCCCUUUUUUUUUUAUUAUUAUUAUCAUAUUUAUAAAGCAAAAGCAAACAUGUUUUAAUAUAGAAGUGCCGCUGUGGCGGAACGUGCAAA